AUGCAGUUGACCUGGAAAAAUAUUCCUCCUAUCGCUACAAGCGAUGAUCUACUGGACAUUGUCUUGAAUAGGACUCAGAGAAAGACUCCUACUAUUAUCAGACCUGGUUUCAAGAUCACCAGAAUCAGAGCAUUUUACAUGCGUAAGGUUAAAUUCACAGGUGAUGGAUUUGUGGAAAAAUUUGAAGAAGUCAUAAAAGGUUUCCCAAACAUUAAUGAUGUGCAUCCAUUCCAUAGAGAUCUUAUGGACACUCUUUAUGAGAAGAACCACUACAAGAUCUCUUUGGCUGCUAUCUCCAGGGCUAAAUCCUUAGUGGAACAGGUCUCCAGAGAUUAUAUCCGUCUGCUAAAAUUUGGUCAAUCUUUGUUCCAAUGUAAGCAGUUGAAAAAAGCUGCUUUGGGUAGAAUGGCUACUAUUGUUAAGAAAUUGAAAGAUCCAUUAGUCUACUUGGAGCAAGUUCGUCAACACUUGGGUAGAUUGCCCUCCAUCGACCCUAACACUAGAACCCUUUUGAUCUGUGGGUAUCCAAAUGUUGGUAAAUCUUCAUUCCUUAGAUGUAUCACUAAGGCUGAUGUGGAAGUGCAACCAUAUGCAUUUACCACGAAGUCUCUAUAUGUGGGUCAUUUUGACUACAAAUAUUUGAGAUUCCAAGCUAUCGAUACCCCAGGUAUCUUGGAUAGACCAACGGAAGAGAUGAAUAACAUUGAAAUGCAGUCUAUCUAUGCUGUGGCUCACUUGCGUUCAUGUGUUUUGUAUUUUAUGGAUAUCUCUGAACAGUGUGGAUUUACAUUAGAGGCUCAAGUUAAAUUGUUUCACUCUAUUAAGCCACUGUUUGCUAAUAAGUCUGUUAUGGUUGUUGUUAACAAGACAGAUAUCAUUGCACCUGAGGAUUUGGAUGAUGAACAUGCUCAAAUGUUGAAUUCUAUGAAAGAAAUCCCUGGUGUUGAAAUUAUGGCAACUUCAUGUCAAUUGGAGGAAAACAUUAUGGCCGUUAGAAAUAAGGCAUGUGAGAAAUUAUUAGCUUCUAGAAUUGAAAACAAACUUAAAUCACAAGUUAGAGUCAACAACGCUCUUAAUAAGAUCCAUGUUGCUCAACCACAAGCAAGAGAUGAUGUUGAAAGAACCCCAUUCAUUCCAGAAGCCUUCAAGAACCAGAAGAAAUACGAUCAUGAAGAUCCUGACAGAAGGAGAUUGGCAAGAGACAUUGAAGAAGAAAAUGGUGGUGCUGGUGUCUUCAACGUCAACUUGAAAGAUAAAUACUUACUGGAAGAUGAGGAGUGGAAGAACGAUGUUAUGCCAGAAAUUUUGAACGGUAGAAACGUCUACGAUUUCUUAGAUCCUGAUAUUUCUGCCAAAUUGCAAGCCUUGGAAGAAGAAGAAGAAAAAUUGGAAAACGAAGGUUUCUACGAAUCAGAUGAAGACGAAUUGGCAUUCCACGGCCAUGAUGGUGAAGAAGUUAGCGACAUCAAGGAAAAGGCUGCUUGGAUUAGAGAUAGACAGAGAAGAAUGAUUGCAGAGGCAAGAAACAAGAAAUCUCUAAAUAACAGAGCUGUUAUGCCCCGUUCUAAGAAGGUUAAAUCAUUCGGUGAGAUGGAGAAACAUAUGACUAUGUUGGGUCAUGAUUUGACUCCAUUGCAAGAAAAGCAAAGAUUGGCUGCUGAAAAGAACAAGUACGAAGAUACAGGUGCAGAUGUCGUCUUUGGAAAUACCGAAGCUAUGUCUGGUGAAGUCGAUAACGGUGUUAAGUUGAGACAAUCCGACAGACUUCUUGACGGUGUCUCUGAUGGUAAUGCAAGAUCAAGAGCUGACAGAAUGACCAAGUUGCACAGAAGAGAGAGAAACAGACAAGCAAGAGCAGGUGAAGCUGAUAGACAUACUACGGCCGCCUUACCUAAGCACUUGUUUAGCGGUAAGCGUGGUAUGGGUAAAACAGACUACCGUUAA